AUGAGUAACUCUUCUUCUGACGAAACCACUUCUAGUGAAACUUCGUCCAAUCCAUCCACUACUCCUUCUCCCAUUCACACGAUAAUCGGUAAUCCUUUCGCAAUGAAUAAUAAUAAUGAAAUACAACAGAGAACACUUAAUGAUUACCUUCACCCCACCCAAACUUCCAUACCAUCAUGCUUCAUAUUUCCACCUAAUAUGCCAAGUCUUGGUGUCAAACCCGGCAUUAUUCAACUUUUGCCAACUUUUCAUGGAAUAGAAAAUGAAAAUCCAUAUGUGCAUAUUAGGGAAUUUGAGGAAGUUGUUGACACUUUUUAUGACCGAGCAACCAUCAAUGAUGCUGCACGCUUAAAGUUUUUUCCCUUCUCCUUGAAGGAUAAAGCUAAAAGUUGGUUGUAUUCUUUGAGAUCUAGGUCUAUCGGAACAUGGGAAGAAAUGACCAAAACAUUUUUUGUUAAAUAUUUCCCUGUCCAUAAGACCAACAGUUUGAAAAGACAAAUCUCAACAUUUUCCCAAAAAGACAAUGAAACGUUCUAUCAAGUCUGGGAGAGAUUUAAAGAUCUCUUAAGUCAGUGUCCACACCACGGGUACGAGAGUUGGCGCAUCGUCAGCUACUUCUAUGAAGGCCUCACAAGUCGUGAGCGCCAGUUCGUAGAAAUGAUGUGCAACGGUGAGUUCCUUCAAAAGGAAACCGAAGAAGCUCUUGAGUUUCUCAUUGAGCUUGCUGAAAAAUCUCACACAUGGACUGGUCCAAGUGCUGCUGAAAGCACCAACAGAAAUAGACCAGCUGGGAUUUACCAACUUCGGGAAGAGGACAGCUUAAAGGCCCAAGUCGAAUCUUUAAAAAAGCAAAUUGAAAUCCUUACGACUAAAGAUGGCCAAAAAGGGUGCAUGGUUGCCCAAGCACAAUCCAGACCACUCGAACCUUGUUUCGUUUGUGGAGAAAAUGACCAUUUAGCUAAGGACUGCUUAGUUUACAAGGAAAUGAAGGGGGUUCAUGAGGAGCAAUGCAAUGCCUUAGGGCAAUAUAACAAGCCAUUCUCCCAUGCGUACAACCCUGGUUGGAGAAACCACCCGAAUUUCAGUUGGAGAGAUAAUUCCAACCAAGGUCAAACAUCUGGAGGACAAUGGAGAAAUGAGAAUCAAGCUCAACCUCCAAAGGCAUAUCAUGCACCUCAAUACCAUGCUCAACAACAAGGAAACUCCCUUGAAAAUACCAUUCAUGCAUUCAUUGAGGAACAAACCAAAAUCAAUCGCCAAUUAAAGGAAGAUGUCCAAGAAAUAAAAAGUCAAUUUUCAAAAUUGAACACAUCCUUAGCUAUUUCUGAGAAAGGCAGACUUCCUUCCCAACCUCAAUUCAAUGCACAAGGGCAACAUAUGGCUGAAACCUCCACCUCUAAUGAUCCCAUCGUUAAAGGGGUUAACGCCAUCACAACAAGAAGUGGUAAAGCUUUGGAAGAUCCAUCCAUCAAAACCACUACUUCAAAUUCAAAAGUUACCCCUGACAGUGCACCGAUAAAUGCUCAAGCAAAAGUACCAUUUCCCCAGGCUCUUAGACCUGUUGGGAAAAUUCCUGAAAACCGAGCCGAACUCCUUGAGCACUUGACACAAGUGAAGAUUAAUCUUCAUUUGCUUCAUAUCAUAAAACAAGUGCCAGCUUAUGCCAAAAUCAUCAAGGACUUGUGCACUGCUAAGAGAAAGCACCAUGUCAAGAAGACUGCUUUCUUGACUGAACAAGUGAGUGCGGUGAUCGAACAAAAGACACCGCCAAAAUACAAAGAUCCUGGUUGUCCCACCAUUUCAUGCCAAAUUGGGACUCAUGAAGUCAGCCAAGCUUUGCUUGACCUUGGCGCGAGUGUGAAUCUCAUGCCUUACUCUGUGUACUCGCAACUUGGUCUUGGAGAAAUGAAGCCAACAUCUGUUGUGCUGCAGCUUGCUGACCGGUCUAUCAAAAAGCCUCGACCUUGGCGCGAGUGUGAAUCUCAUGCCUUACUCUGUGUACUCGCAACUUGGUCUUGGAGAAAUGAAGCCAACAUCUGUUGUGCUGCAGCUUGCUGA